AUGUUAAAAGAAAUUCUUAUUUUACUGUUAUUUGUUUUGUCUGCGGGGAAAUCACGUGAACUUGGAGAUAGUUUGUCGGACGUCCACGAAGGUUCUCAUAAUAAUGUGCUGGAGGAAGGGACAAUUUUGAACAGCCAAUUUGAAGCUGUGUUCCAAUGGAUUUUUAAAGGUAAUUCAUAAUUACCGGUAUCGAAGUUGAAUGUUCGGGUUUUUCAAUAAGGUUAAUCAGAACUGGAUGAUUGUGUGUAUGUGUUCCCUGUCUUUUGACUUCAUAGCAUGUUGUAUACGUCUGUAGGAGUAAUAUAACUCAAGACAAAUGAAUACCAGUGUGUCUGAAGACCACAGCUGGAUAUUGUGUGAUUUUAAGUUAAUAUAUGGCGAUCUUCUGCUCUGAUUUUCUCCUAGACUAACACAACAGUUAUGAAAAAGGACACCCUCCACGACACAUAUCACGUGGUAUCAAACGCAAAGGGAUCUCACUUCACCCUAGCACGGUAUUCUCUCGACCGUCUCGUGUAUGCGAUGAACGCCAUGGGACAUAGAAUAUUCAAUUGCCACAAAGGCAUUCUGUUGUCUCAAGGAAGAAGUCUAAAAUAGAACAACUUAAAUAUAUGACAGAGAAAAAGGAGCCAAAAGAAAAAAACGGGUAGCCCAGGCGAAGACAUGCCUGGGUUUUAUGAUGGGACAUCAGUGGUUGCUUGUAAGGUUAUCGCCUAAAUAAGAUCUUAUUCCCUCUUUUCUCAUCAUUGAAUAUUAUUUUUAUUUUUAUUCUUCCAGGUAUCAAAUCCACCUUUCCCUAUAAACUCGUUGUCCUGCAUAUCUACGUCAUUUUCUUUCUUUUCAUCCCUAUGGUUAUUGUUUGUGGCUUUCUCUCGCCAGUACAAUUAUUUCCGGUAAGACAUGGUAAUCAAAUUAAAACUUUUUUAUCGACUAAGGCUUUGUUUCGUCACUAUAGCGGAUGGCUUUUUGAGGCGCCGAUAUAGUAUGAACAGCAACGGCCCGAUUCAGACAUAUCGAUUCAGACAUAUCGACCAUAUCAGGCUGAUUUAAGAUUUAGCAACAGGACGGGAACGUCAGUUGGCGCGCGCGGAAAGGACCAAACACGACUUCCGGUGCCCAAUUUGCCGCUCUGCCAUUGGUCAAGCCAGUUGUUUGAUUUGCGGGCGCCGUCGUCAAAUGAUGUUCCCGUUCUGUUGCUUAAUCGGCCUAUUGCCGACGCGGACGACCGAGAAGGUUUGGUCACUAAAUCCUGAGUAGUUACUUCCGUCUUAGUGGGUUCUAGUCCUCGCUCCUACUUAUUUACUUCCGCGACAUUACGCCGUCGAAUAGGUGUUGACACUACAUCACCGCAUGGCACAAAAGUAUCCAAUAUGUAACACUCCAUUUUCGAGAUCAGCACCGCACAGCUUCGCCCCGUCACAGUAAUCGUGCAGCCACAUCCGUUCUUGCGUGUUAAACAGAAGCCCUGUCCGGUAUGAUUUUUGUGGCAGCGCAAAAGCUAUCCGCGUUUUCACUCACGUGGCCAGCAUCUAUGCUAGUUUAUAGGAACAAAAAAUAGCGUUUACGUAGGAAAAGAGUUGAACUUCCAUACGAUUGUACACUACCAUGGCUGCCUUUUCAUUGUUUUGAAACACCAAUGGCCGCUAUGACGUCAUCUGAAAACACCAUCUAUACAUAAACCAGGCAAUAUACCUUUUCCUUAAUAAAGUGCUUUUACGGUCCUGUUUACAUGGAGGUGGGGGACCCUAGGUAGGUGAGGUAACCUGUUUAGGUAGGGUAGCCCACCUGUUCAUAUAAUCUCUCGUUUUAAUUUUAUUACGUUUAACUGAUGGAUGGGGUGACCAUAUGAGGGAUUAUUUUGACAGGGGGAUUACCCCACCUUAGUGGGUUACCUCACCUGCUUAGAGUCCCCACCUCCAUGUAAACAGGUCGUAAAUCAAUUAAGCAUAAUGGGACAGUGAGGGAAACCACCCGCCGGCCAGUCCAAAGGAGGAAGCUCGGCGAACGGUUACAGCGAUGAACUCGGUGCAAACUGGAGCCGUUCAGUUCAAGUCCCACCCUAUCUGCUAAGUUCCGAGUUCAACUAAACUGGUUCGCUUUCGGCCAGUUACGGUUCUUGCUUUUUACACUUGUUUAUUUUAAUUAUAAGAAGGAGUGGAUCCAGAAAAAUCAGAAAGGGAUGGGUGGGACACCUGCCAGCUAUAUAGAUACUUUUUAUUUUUUUGAGAAUUCUAUACAAUUAAAAGAAAAUUUCAAAAGAAAAAGGGGUGGCCGCGACCCCCUCGGCCAACCCCUACAAUGGUCUUUGAUAAGCCUAUCUUUUGGGCCACUAGGUUAUCAGUAAUCUGGAGCUUUAGCCUGCGUAGCAAGCUUUUCCGUGUGGUUUAUAGGAGCAAAGAACGAGGAACGAGAGUCAAAGACGGCGCGAAAAAUGCCGCAAGCAAAAGAGCGGGGAGUUUUUUGGCUAUCGCUUCAUUUCUUGCGCGACCAAAUCCAAAAAUCCCGUUCCUCGGUCUUUCUUUGCUCCGAAACCAAACGGAAACGCUUGCUACGCAGGCUACUGGAGUUUGAAUGAUCAAUUUACCACUUUUAACAAAAAAAAUUGGGAUUCUUUUGAUCUUUAUAAUCAGGACUGGAAAUGGCCCCAAUGUGAAGGGGAUGAUUUGUUCCUGGUUGAUCAAGGUGAUCUGGACUCUAGUGCUGCGACUACUUCCCAGAAUGAAACCGUAACGUCACCUGACCACAUCCAGCCCCAAUACUUAAAUCCCACUCCUUGUAAGCCGAUCAUCAAGUUUUGUAAAGAACUGCCUCCAGAGACCCCCCACAUUGAACAAAAGCGGGACAUGCGCAGCCCACUGCUAACAUUGACUGAAGAGAAAUCUGGAGAACAGGCUUCACGUCCAAGUGCUCAAGAGCCCGAAUUCCUGGAUGCAGCAGAUGUCCAAUCGGCUGGCACUCUGCCCCUUUUGCAGAGUGUGGAAUACAAGAUGUGCAGUUCCCUGCACUUAAAUCUAAGGUUACCAUCGACAAAGCACACGUAA